AUUACGGGGGUUAAAGGUGAAAUCUAUUCAUGUCUCCCGAAGUAUUUGGACACUUGAUAAUGGUGAUGUCACACACUGUUUGCCGGUGGCGGAGGGGAGGUGUCGGCGAAAGCUCCUCGCCUGCAUCCGGGGCACUCCCCGCGUAUCGCGUCGUGUUCAAUUCAGCACCGCGCCGGGCUGAACAGCGACACUCGGGAUGCUGGUGGCGGUGGAGUGACCGACGUACGCGGCCGGCCGGGUUCGGCCAGCGCCGCAGUAUCCGAUGCCCGACGCCCGACCUCCGGCAUCCCGGAGCAUGCCAGCCCGGGCGAGGAAGAGGAAGCCCCGGGCAGAAGGUGAGCAAGGGUGUCAAUCCCCGGAGAGGCACCCAUCGCGGUGAGCGCCGCCCGGAUCUAGUGGCGGUGGUCCCGGCGGCAGUGGCUGGUCGCCAUGGGCUGCAUCCAGAGCAUCGCCUGCAACAAGUCGCGCGUCCGCAGGGAGAAUGUGGUGGUGUGCGACCUGGCGGCCACCAUCGACCCCCGCCCCACGGCCGUGGAGGAGGACUCGGACAUCGUGCUGCGCUACAAGACGCCCUAUUUCAAAGCGUCGGCCCGGGUCGUCAUGCCGCCCAUCCCGCGUAACGAAACCUGGGUGGUGGGCUGGAUCCAGGCGUGCACCCACAUGGAGUUCUACAACACCUAUGGGGACCUCGGCAUGUCAAGUUGGGAACUGCCUGAGCUGCGCGAAGGCCAGGUGCAGGCCAUUAGCGACUCGGACGGCAUCAGCUACCCAUGGUACGGCAACACCACAGAGACGGUCACCAUCGUGGGUCCCACCUCCAAGCCGUCGCGUUUCACCGUCAGCAUGAACGACAACUUCUACCCCAGCGUGACCUGGGCCGUGCCGGUGAGCCGAUCUGACGAGCCCUCGCUGACCGACAUCAAGCGGGAUCAGAGUUUCACCACCUGGUUAGUGGCGCUCAACGCCACCUCCAGGGAGAAGAUCCUGCUGCGUGCCAUCAAGUGGCGCAUGAGGGUGGACAUCGCCGUGGACCCGGCCCGGCCCCUGGGCUCCAGGGCACGGCUUGUGGGCGGGGUGCGCCAGGAGCAGCCGCGGGUGCUGAGCCACAUGGAGCCCAUCCCGGCUAAUGCCAUGGGGAGACCCAACGCCAAUGACGCCCAAGUGCUCAUGUGGAGGCCCGCCAGAGGGCAUCCGCUUGUCGUCAUCCCGCCCAAGUAGAGUUCAUGACAGAAUAUGCUUGAUAUUCGGUUUAAUCUUUGAACUGGUAUGCUCUCUGUCCUACCAAGGAAGACAAUUCAGCGCACUCAUAGACACCAGGUAUCGGUAUGGGGCCGAUACAAGCCUUACUUCCAGGUAUUGAGUAGUAGAGGCCGAUACCAGUCACCAAUACUUAAAAAAUCUGCCUUGGAUGAUACGGAAAGCAUAACGGCCUCUACUGGACUUCAGCACAACUGAGCAAACAGCCACCCAUCGGUUUUCUAUAGCACUUAUUAUGGUCACGUGUGAAGUACAACCUAUUCCUGGAUAGGACCAACCCAAAUCAAACUUAUAAUAGGUAAGCCUUAAAGAUACUUUCCAAACACUGGGCUGCUGUACACUUCAGAAUACAACGACGGCAAAAAAAAAUUCAGUAAAUGACAGUAAAACAGACUUAAUGAGGGUCUCAAUCAUUAGUUUGAGGAGUGUUUUUCCAAUGGUGGAGCUUGUGUGUUUUCACAAUGGAGUCAGAUUGCUGCUUUGUUACACGAAACUGCCUCAAACGUCGCUCAAAGGACACGGCACUAACCAACUGUGUUCAUUUCUUUCAUGUAUUAAUAUUUACAGUCAGGGAGUCCUCUGUUUAUGACGGGGUUCUGUUACGAACCGAAAUAAAUCAGAAUUUGAAGUCAGAAUGCGUCGUAGUCCAAUGUGGAUCGAUGCUAAUGCUGUUGGAACAUCAUCACUCAAAUAUUUGUAGGAAAAACAGUGGUGGGCUGCUAUCAUAAGCUAAUUUUGCAUUUUUUGACAGCUAAUUUGGUAUUUUAAUCUUCACAAAAUUAGCAUUUUAUUUUCGCUAAUUUAACAUUUCAUCUGAGCUAAUUUAGCAUUUUGUUAGCUAAUUUCGCAUUAUAUCUUCGCUAAUUUAACAUUUUAAGAUAUCUAUUUCAGCAUUUUAUCUGAGCAAAUGUAGCAUGUUAUUUUAGCUAAUUUAGCAUUUUUCGUUAGCUAAUUUCUUGAAUUGUAUUUUGCAUUCCUUGUUCGACCACACAAAGCUAUGGGAAAAUAUUUUGGACAGCAUAAAAGCCUGCAGUGCUUACAUCGGUAACAAUUAUUGCUAGCUAAUUUAGCAUUCUAUGUUUGCUAAUUCAGCAUUUUAUCUUGAAUGAUUUAGCAUUUUAAGCUAGCUAAUGUAGCAUUUGAAUUUAGCUAAUUUAGCAUUAUGCCUUCGCAAUUAACCUUGAAAACAGGGACAGUUAUAAACUAAGGACCCCUUGGGUAUACAUUAUUUGAGGCUACUGUGAUGACUAUUUUUGACAUGAGUUUGAUUCUGGUGUACAAAAUGAAGAGUCUGUAAUGGCGACAAAUUGUAUCAUGACUGACUGAAAAUGUUCAUGUUUACAUUGAGAAAAAAAAAAGUUGUAUCAUGACUGCCUGAAAAUUUUCAUGUUUACACUGAGAAAAUAAAAAUCUCAAUGAGUGAAUGUAUAAUGAGGACUUCAGCAAGUAAACCCUGUUAAAUAAUGACAUUUAUUUGUAUUUAUGAUUUAGUUUUUGUUUUUGUAAAUGUCAUUCACAAUGAGGGUUGAAUCCAUUUGCGUGGAACUGUAUUCGGGAUAUGGCAUUUGUUUAAAUUUUACAUAUUAGAACGGUUUUAAAAGCACUAUAUUAUAAAAUUUUAUCCAAUUACUUGAAUAAUCAUCGGGAUAACCAGUAGAGUACUUGAUUAACGUUCAACAGUUGCAGCGCUAAUUAUGAUUGGAUUUUUUUUUUUUAAGAAAAAGGUUUAACAUUCUAGAACAAAGCAGAUUU